AUGGAGAGCGGCUUUCAGCAACUUCGGACGAGAUUUAACGAUGAUCUCAACGGGCACGGCGCUGCUGAACCGUCCGAACACCCUGUCUCCGCACUGGGCUCUGGCCUUCAUGGUAAGACGAGGAACCUUCUUAAAUUGUGCAGCAGCGUCACCGCCGCCCUUAGUCUUGGCCUUCCUCCAAAAGGGUCUAGAGUCGCCACUCCUCCGAGAAAUAACUCCCAAGGCGAACAAAUGAGGAUCAGAUUUCCCGCUCCCCAACUCCGGCGGUCGUCGCGCAAACGAUCGCAGUCUCCGGAUGCUAGGGUGGCUGAGCGAUGUCGAAAGCGUCGCCGCGUAGCCGUGAACGACGUCAAUAAUCUACCGGCGGCUGGUGAGACGUGGACACGGAACGAGGUGGAGAAGUUCCGAGAUCUCUCAGAAAAGACAGAGAAAGCAACAGUGUGCGCUCUGGCUCGCAUUCGGGCCCUGGCAAACAACCUCGACAGACUUGACGCUCCCAGCAUGCACGCUCUUCCCUCACGGAUUGUCGCCCGCCCUUACGGAUGUCGGGAUGGCUCCACACUCGGGAAAACUAACGCGCACUUGGAAACACCCUUAACAGUCCGGACCGGUGAACCAGAGGCCGACCUCAAGACAAUAGUCGCCGCGCUCAAACAGAUCGAAUCCACUAUCGCCCAGGGUACCGCGCCCAGUGACGGCAUGGAUGCUAAGCUCCACUGCUACUACCGCGCUCUGCUCGGCUUCUUUCCCGGCGAGGACGCGACAUGCUGCACAUGCCCGCCCGUCCUGCACCGACGCGACGCAGACUCCGACAGGGCGCCCUUAGCCACGCCCCGUCCACGUAUCGGCGUAGAUGCCCAAGGCCACGCCUUCGACGACUGGAGCGCGUGCUCGCCCGAGGCGCAGCGCACCGUCAACGGCCAUCCGCUCCGCUGCACGAGCGCGGAGAAGAAACUCCGGCUCGACCUGCGCUUCCACCCGUCGCGCCCCGCCAAAGCCUUUUCCGGCGGCUUCCACGCGACGCCCGCGCCUCUGCUGCAACCGCCGACCCGCACGCGAUAUCCCGAUCGGACGCGGUACGCGCACUUGAACGACCUAUCGCGCGACUCGCUCGCGGAGCUGAACCGCUGGAACCGAUGCAAGUACUGCGUGGCGGAGGCGAUGCGUACGUUGCCGCCGUGGACGGCGCACGCGUCGGUCAGCAAGGACCCUUCGGAGAACGGGGACCUCGUCUUCGUCAGAUCGAACAAUACCGCGCUCCUGGAGUGGGACGGGGAGGAGAGGCGAUGGCGGCAUAUGGUCUUGCACCAUCACCGCUGGAUAUCGUUCGAAGACUGGGAAAACGCGGCGUCUGGGCCGACGCACGUUUUCCGGGCUUCGGACCUGCCGAGAACACCCUUGAAUCUCCGGCGAGGUGGUACCACAUUCUUUUCUUGA